CAGUGUGUGAGCUGGCUGUCUGACAACAAGUGGUUUCCGCUGAGAACAGCACGCAGGAGCUGCUGCCGAGAUUUUUCAUAUGAAGCUUCCAGUUUAGACUAUUUUCAGUAGCAAAGCAGCCUAAUGACAGCCACAUUUAGACUUAGAAUUUAAGAAAAGGAGGAAACCAACAAACCGUCGGGUGCUGGUUGCUCCGUCUUCUGGGUGACUAAUUAAUUAGAACCAAUACCACCCGUGCUCCGGUGGGAAACGUGGCCGUGAGUCGCCAAGUGGAAGGCGACAAAAAGUUGCUCUGAACUUUUCCGUUCACCUCUUGUGUAACUCCCAACUUUACAUUUAACAUGUAUAGCAUGAUGGAACACGAGCUGAAGCCAACCGGCCAGCCUCCUUCCCAUCAGACCUCCCAGGGAAUGUCACCGGUCACUGGAAACAUGACCGGGAGCCUAGGAACCAACGGCAAUUCUCAUCCGAGCUCCAAAACAGUUUGCGCGGCCGGAGGCGACCCUAUGGAUAAAGUGAAGCGGCCGAUGAACGCGUUUAUGGUGUGGUCUAGGGGUCAGAGGCGCAAGAUGGCACAAGAAAACCCCAAAAUGCACAAUUCUGAGAUCAGUAAGCGACUGGGAGCUGAGUGGAAACUUUUAACAGACGCAGAAAAGAGGCCCUUCAUCGACGAGGCCAAGCGACUCCGGGCUGUUCACAUGAAGGAGUACCCCGAUUACAAGUACAAACCACGGCGCAAGACCAAACCACUGCUUAAGAAGGACUCCCAAGUGGGCAAGUACCCACUGUCAGCAGGCAACCUUCUGGCGGCGGCGCAAGGACAGAGUGGGAGUCCACGCAUGGAGUCCUACGGAUGGGGCCCCACUGGAGGUUAUGCCGGUAUGCAGGGCGAGGCACUGGGUUACACUCAGCAGCUCCACCGAUAUGACCUUUCAGCGCUUCAGUACCCACCUGCAAUGACGGCAGCCCAGACGUACAUGAACGGAGCCAACUCGUACAGCUCCAUGUCAUACAGCAACAGUCCUCAGCAGCCAAGCCCCGUGACUAUGUCCAUGGUAAAAUCUGAGCCAGUGUCCCACUCGCCUCCGUCAGGGACACCGAACCACCACAGGGGACCUCUGCAGGGGGACCUUAGGGACAUGAUCAGCAUGUACAUUCCUGGACCAGGGGGGGAUGGCAAUGAUCCCACAGCAGCACAGAGGGGCUACAGCAGCGUCCAGCAGCACUACCUCACUGGAACUGUUCCACUCACACACAUCUAGGACUGCACUGAGAACCACUGUACAGGAGGAGGAGCUCUGAUCUCAAUAGGAGGACCAGAAAUGCUCAAAAAAAUGCACAGCAGCAGA